AUGCCGGUUCAGCCCACCAGGAAUGAGAAGUCCCAAACCUUCACCUCCCAUGUGAUGAUCUCAAUGGGCUGGGAGAAUGAACUGAUAUCGUGGGAACCCAAUGACUGGUGUGGGAUUGAGAGCGUAGCAGUUCCCAGAGACAUGCUGUGGAUACCAGAUGUCAUGAUCUUAGAGGACAUUUCUGAUACAGGCAGUAUCACAUUGAGCCCCUACACAGAGGUGGCCCACUCUGGCAUGGCCUAUGUGACAGAAAGCCGCCGGUUGACCACCACCUGCAAGAUGAAUCUUUUUAAGUUUCCCUUUGACACCCAGAACUGCAGCAUUACCUUUAUUUCCUUUAUGCUAAAAGGUAUAAAGUUGGGGCCCUUCUCCAACAGCAUUAUCAUGAGCCAAUUUUCCGAGAAGGUCAUGGUUACAUUGGGGGAAUGGGACUUCCUGGGCAUUAGGUUGUCCAUGGAAAAGCUCAUCUACGACAACAACAUUGUUUGGGACAAGCUGGUCUACAAGAUCAGCAUACGAAGAAGGCCCCUUUUAUAUGUGAUCAACCUCCUACUACCACUCUUGUUUUUCCUCAUCCUGGACUUGGCCUCCUUUUUCAUUGAUGAGGCCAAGGGGGAAAAGCUGGGCUACAAAGUGACCAUACUCUUGUCCAUCUCUGUCUUACUGCUGAUUCUCAAUGACAUCCUGCCUUCCACAGCAGAUGACCUGCCACUCAUAGCUCUUUACUGCAUCGUAAUCUUUGCCCUCACGGGCCUCAGUCUCCUGGAGACCAUGCUGGUGAGCUUCCUGAUUGAUAUGGACAGCAGGGUUGAUUACGACAUCCAGACCUCUUCUAAGACCUGUGAGGAGACUCCGGAAGAGACCGACUGCCAAAGAGAGUCUCAGAGAGAUGCUGAGAUCAGCCUGGUGAAGGUUGAGGACAUUCCAAACAAGGACCUUAAUGGAGACUGGCUGAGCAAUCCCCGCCUACUGCAGCGGAUCCUAGAGGUGCGGAACAUACGGCAGAAAUCUGACACACUGGCCAUGCCAGCUGCCUUCCAGGUCACCUCUUUAGCCACCUCUCAGGCCACUGUGCCCACUGCUAUCCAGCCCAACUCUCAGACCACCGCUACAGCUGCCUCCUAG